AUGAUGAAAGACCCUGCAGCCGGAGUGCCGGCGCAGCUGUUGCCGCAUCUGCACCUCGUCUCCAAGUAUCGCUAUCCUAUUACCAGCAACCCUGCUGUCGAUACCAUUGUUGGCUACCUUUUGGAAGCGCCGAAGAUCGUGCGCGACCUUCAGCCGAUGCAAUGGCAGUUCAUCGACACUCCUCCAGACGGCUCAUUGAUCCUCGAGUGGCAGCCGCUCGAAUACCUGGGCACAAGCUAUGCGAGUGAUGGCUUCAUCUGGGCAGAUGUGGAACAUGUGUACAAAUCCGAAGUCAGGGGAUAUACUCUCGAAAUGCUCCUGCAAAGAGCAGGCUACCGAGCAUCCGGCGAGGCGAUGGCGACUCACUGCAGGAGACGAUACCGGCUUCUCCCAGGAAACCCAGCUCACGGACUGCCGAAUCCUGAUCCCAGUCUAUGGCUGACGCACUACUCGAAAGCCUCAGCGCGCGACCAUGUUCCUGCUGCGAGCAUCCCAAUUCUGCCGCACGUCCAUGCGCUGAUCCAGCAGCGCAGAAUGAUACAAAGCCAGGGCCAGUUGCCGCGAAAGGAAUUCAUGCUGCAUGAUCGAUCAAACUGGCCCGUCAUCCACCUCCCCCCGGGAGUUGCCAGAGCUGCUGCCCAGGGACAGAUUCCUCCGGGUGCCGGCCACAGGAGAGGGGCGAGCAUUGCGCAAGAAGCGACACUAGAAGAGGAGGAAGACGUCUCUCGUGGAGAUCUGCUUGACUUCAUGACGCCUCGGGACAUCAGCCGCGUCCGAUACGAACAACACCACGAAUGGAUGGAGGAGAUUAUCGAAUCGCCAUAUCCGACAUUGUCCAUUAUUCCCAGUGAUCUUGGCUUCGGACGGAAAGGACAGCUUGAAGAGUUGACCAAAGAUUUCUUCGACGCCCCUGUAACCGCGACGAGGGAGCCAAGCUCCGGUCCUCCACCGCGAGUGGGCAAGAUGCCUUCUGGUCAGGCUGACGACUUCAUCAAACGAGCUUCCGAGAAGCUGGUCGCAAUGCAAGCGGAACUGGAAGAGAUGAGGAAGAAGCACGCUCGACGGAUGGAAAAGUUACGCCGCUCCACGACAUUGACAACAGCGGAGAAAAAGCUGCGCAUGGUGUCCAACAUGCCAGAAAGACGGAGUAUUUCCAAGGACACGACAAACGGGUCUUCUGAAGCUGCACCCCGUGACGCAAUCGACGAGAUCAUGGGCACUGUAGAAUUGAAUAUGGGUCAAAAGCUGACAAAAACUGCCACUGUAACACUCAUAUCGAAGGGUGGUUUGGAGGAGCAAAAGCAGAUCAGUCCCUCUCCAGUUGCAACCUCCAUCCCAGCUGUUCCUCGAGUUCAGAGUGCGGUCAACCCUGCCGUCUCUGUGGAUACGUCGAGCCAACAGCACGUCCAGCCGCAGCCACCAACCAGCAUUGCACAAGAGCCAAAACCUCCACACGAGGCGAUAUCUACUCCGCUGGGUGCAUCACAGAUGCCGAGUCAACCAGCACCCGCAGCUUCUGAAGGAGAAAGUCAGCCGUCUGCAUCAGAACCCGGCCAACCUACUUUCGUGGAGCAGCCGCAUCAGCCAGAUGCCCAUCCAGACAGUGAUGGCCUUCCGCGACUGGAUGAUAUUGGAACAGAUGUCAACAUGGAAGGUAUGGUUGAUCAUGUUGACGGUACAGACCAGGGUGGAGAUGAAUGGGUAAUGAUCCGCGAGGACGGGGCUCAGGACGGGGCUCAGAACGACGGUAUCCCGGAGAUGCAACCAGAGGGGGAACAAGGUCAUGUGCAACCCAGCGCCGAAGUUGCUCCCGAACACGCUAGCGGUCAGGAUACGGACCUUCAACAGCUACCACAAGCUCAGCUCCACCAAGAUGCGCAACUGAACACCCCUGAUUUUGAUAUGGGAGGCGAUUUCGACAAUGUUGAGGUGGACACCGCUGGGGACGCGCUCGCCAGCUACGGCGACGACGAAGAUCUCAAUUUGGAAAAUAUGGAGGGCUCAGCUUUCGGCGAUGCGUUCCAUACGGAGGACGAAGAAAUCUCGUAG